ACAGAUAUUCUGGAUACAUAACAAGAAAACGCUCCUGUCCGAUCAACGUUCUUAAGUUUCAAAUUUUUGUGCGUGUUUCGAUUUCCAAAGUGAAGCGUUCCACCACAGCAGUUGCGAUCGAUCGGCACAAGAACAAUAUACAAAAAAUGACGGAAACAGUGGAAGAACUCGAACCGUUGUUUGAUUACACUCGUGUUCAGCCCUUAGAUCUCCUUUACUUCGACGGCGAAGAUGAUGAUGACUGCUCUUCAAUUGUUCCGUCCAAAUUCAGGAAACCUUCUGUGUCUGCCGCUGUUGAAAAGGUGCAAGUGACAGGGGAAGUGAUUGGUAUUGAUGAUGGUGAAGACGAUGAUGAUUUGGAUUGGCUAGCGUCACCCAAGGUAGCUGUUAAGAAGGGGAAACAAUGUGAGAAUUCGGUUAUAAAGGAGUUGAGGCUGAAGAAGCAGGAGCUGUUAUCAUUCACCGAAUCAGCCAAAGAUAUUGUCCAAACCAUUGAAGAAACUGUCAAAAGAGAUCUUAAUACCUCAUUAAAUUCUGAAUUUGAAAGUCCUAUUGAGAAACCUUCAAAACCUGCUGUAGAAAGACCAAAAAUAGUUAUAUCCAUCCAAGACAAAGACGGUUUGAAGCAGUUUCGAAUUUACAAGGAUGAUAAGUUUGAGCGGCUUUUUAAAAUGUAUGCUGACAAAGUGAAGAAUAAGGCAGAAAAUUUAGUAUUCUGUUUCGAUGGGGAUAAAGUGGGCCCCACAGCUACUCCUAGCAGUCUGGAGUUGGAAGAUGAUGAUAUUAUUGAGGUCCACGUAAAGUCAAGUUGAGCCAGGUACCACCUAUCCUCACCCCAAAUUCUGGAAAUGUACAAAAACAUAAACAAACUGCUUGUUCUCUAGUCAUUUGUUUUGGUCGCAUGGCUUCGAUUUCGAAUUCUUAAAUCAAUUUAUUUACAAUUACAAUUGAGCUUAUUUUUCCAUUGCUCAGUAGCAACAUACUACUAAGCUUACUUGCCCGUCAAUGUUUAUUCCAAAUUCUCAUUUGGUCUU